AUGAACAAUGCCAGCGCCAAGGCUACCGGUGCGGCUAAGAAGCCAACACCACCUUCCACCAGCACGCAGGCCAGCACACAGGCCAACACCACCAGUGCGGCUAAGAAGACCACACCACCCUCCACCAGGCCCUCGUCCAGGUCUGGGGAAGCUUCUCCCACGUCGAAGUAUAUCAUCGAGGGGACCAAGGGUCCCUCAUUUGAGCUAAAAUCCUCUGGCGGCAAGGUUUGGUUCCAGAAAGAUGCGAGAGCGAUCUCAUUGCAGAAGGACACGAAGAAGGGCCAAUACUAUUACACUGUCGCCGACCCAAAGGACGCAAAGACGCUUCGACCUGUAUAUCUCAAGAAGGUCUAA